GAGUUCCGGGCUGGCAGGCGGGCGGGCGGGCGGCGGUGUCGGCCGGGCCCCCUCUCCCGCUGCAAGCCCCACCUUUCGGCUUUCCCGCACCGUCAAUCAAAAUAGGAAAAAAAACCCCGGAGUAGGCUCGGGCCGCCGCCGCCGCUUCAGCCCGUGAGCACAAUAAGCAUGUCCCCGGCGGCAGCCGCCUAGCCCCAGCCAGCAGGGCCUGUGUGCGAGCCAGCCCGCCUGCCUGCCUCCCGCCCAGCCAGCCAGCCAGCCGGCCGCUCGCACUCACACCAUGACCGCUCCCGAGAAGCCCGUGAAACAAGAGGAAAUGGCUGCCUUGGACGUGGACAGCAGCAGCCACAGCGAGUAUCUCCAGCACGGCAACGGCGCCGCCUCGGCCUCCGCCGGGGCGGCCGCCACCCAGGACGCUCAGCCGUCACCGCUCGCUCUGCUGGCGGCCACCUGCAGCAAGAUCGGCCCGCCGUCGCCGGAGGAGGAUGAGGCCGCCGCCGCCGCCGCCGCCUCUCACUCUGCCGGAGCGACAGGAGAUUUGGCUUCUGUGCAAUUAACAGGAACCCCAAAUAGAUGGGAGGUCUUGUCUGCAGCUCCUACCACUAUAAAGGAUGAAGCUGGUAAUAUAGUACAGAUUCCAGGUGCUGCCACAGUAACUUCAAGUGGGCAGUAUGUUCUUCCUAUUCAGAGUUUGCAAAAUCAACAAAUCUUUUCUGUUGCACCAGGAUCAGAUUCGUCGAAUGGUACUGUGUCCAACGUACAGUACCAAGUAAUACCCCAGAUCCAGACAGCGGAUGGUCAACAGGUUCAGCUUGGCUUUGCAGCCUCUUCUGAUAAUAGCAGUAUAAAUCAAGAAACUGGUCAAAUUCAGAUCAUUCCCGGCUCUAAUCAAACCAUCAUUGCAUCUGGAACACCUUCGACUAAUAUUCAGAAUAUUUUAUCACAGUCUGGCCAAGUCCAGGUUCAGGGAGUUGCAAUUGGUGGUUCGUCUUUUCCUGGCCAAGCACAAGUAGUUGCUAACGUCCCUCUUGGACUGCCAGGAAAUAUUACUUUUGUACCCAUAAAUAGUGUUGAUCUAGAUUCUCUGGGACUUGGAAGUGGUUCUCAAACCAUGACAGCAGGCAUUAAUGCAGAUGGGCACUUGAUAAAUACUGGACAGGCCAUGGAUAGUUCAGAUAAUUCUGAACGGACUGGUGAGCAAGUUUCUCCUGAAAUUACAGAAACCGCCACUGAUAAUGACUUAUUUGUGCCAACAUCAUCUUCAUCACAAUUGCCCGUUACCAUAGACAGUUCAAGUAUAUUGGAACAAAAUGCAAACAACUUGACCACAACUAGUGGUCAGGUUCACAGUUCUGAUCUUCAGGGAAAUUACAUCCAGACGUCAGUCUCUGAUGACACGCAGGCUCAGAAUAUUCAGGUCUCCACAGCACAGCCAAUUGUACAACACAUACAGCUUCAAGAGUCUCAGCAGCCAACCAGUCAAGCCCAGAUUGUACAAGGUAUUGCGCAACAGACAAUCCAUGGUGUGCAAGCAAGUCAAAGUAUAUCUCAACAGGCUCUUCAAAAUCUUCAACUGCAGCUGAAUCCUGGGACUUUUUUAAUUCAGGCACAAACAGUGACCCCUUCUGGGCAGAUAACAUGGCAGACAUUUCAAGUGCAAGGAGUUCAGAACUUGCAGAACUUGCAAAUUCAAAAUGCACCUGGUCAACAAAUAACUCUAACCCCUGUGCAGACUCUCACUCUUGGCCAAGUUGCAGCAGGUGGGGCGUUGACAUCAACUCCAGUUAGUCUAAGCACUGCUCAAUUGCCAAAUCUACAGACAGUUACAGUAAACUCUAUAGAUUCUGCUGGUAUUCAGCUGCAUCAAGGAGAAAAUGCUGGCAGUCCUGCAGAUAUUAGGAUUAAAGAAGAGGAGCCUGAUCCAGAAGAGUGGCAGCUCAGUGGUGAUUCUACACUGAAUACCAAUGAUCUAACACAUUUGAGAGUACAGGUGGUAGAUGAGGAAGGGGACCAACCACAUCAAGAGGGAAAAAGACUGCGACGAGUAGCUUGCACAUGUCCGAACUGCAAAGAGGGCGGUGGAAGAGGCUCCAACUUGGGAAAAAAGAAGCAACACAUUUGUCACAUACCAGGGUGUGGCAAAGUGUAUGGGAAGACUUCACAUCUGAGAGCUCAUCUCCGCUGGCAUUCUGGAGAGCGCCCAUUUGUUUGUACUUGGAUGUUCUGUGGCAAGAGGUUCACUCGCAGUGAUGAGCUCCAGCGACACCGAAGGACGCACACAGGUGAGAAGAAAUUUGUCUGUCCGGAAUGUUCAAAACGCUUUAUGAGAAGUGACCAUCUUGCCAAACACAUUAAAACACAUCAGAAUAAAAAAGGUAUUCACUCCAGCAGUACAGUGCUGGCAUCAGUAGAAGCAACACCUGAUGAUACUUUGAUUACUGCAGGAGGAACAACACUUAUCCUUGCAAAUAUUCAACAAGGUUCUGUUUCAGGAAUAGGAACUGUUAAUACAUCUGGCACCAGCAAUCAGGAUAUUCUUACCAACACUGAAAUACCUUUACAGCUUGUCACAGUUUCGGGAAACGAGACAAUGGAGUAAAUAUUACACAAGAUACCUAUUAAUUGUGGUUAUUUUUAUACAGUAGUGAGAAGAAUAUUGUUCCUAAGUUCUUAGAUAUCUUUUUAUUGAUGUGCAAAAAUUUUUGGAUUGACAGUAACUUGGUUAUACAUGACACUGAAAUGCCUUACUUUGUAUGAUAUUCCAUAGUAUAUUAAAAUGGUAAAAUUGCAUGGGUUUUGUAGGUACUUUUGGAAUCUAGAAGAGAUGAAAUUUUACCAAGUUAUAUUAAAAAAAAAAAAAAAAAAGAAUUUAACGAUGGAAAUGGUAGUCUAACCAAAUGCAUCAAUCCUGUGUGGUUUAGUGUAAAAAAAAUGAGAACAUGUUGGUAUUUAUCUAUUGUAAGAUAAAAGAAGUUGAUGGGUGAAAAGAAAUCAUGUUAUGAUAAAAGAAAUUUUGUAAUUUUCUUGAUGACUGGAAUUUUUAUUAUGCAUAACUGACAAAUCAAGUUUCCAAGCAAAUGUUACAUAGUGUAGGCUUUACUUAGCUCAUCAACUUGUCAUUUUGAAGCUAAUUAUUUUAAUUAGGUUAACUAUGUACAAUAUUUUAAGCAUUACUCUUGUAAGAUUUUGAAAACUACAUUUUAACAUGGAACUCUAGGGAUAGUCACCUUUUAAAUCCUAUUGAAAAGCCAUGUUUAAGAUUUAAUUUGCCAAAAUGAUGUCUUGUUAAUAUUCUUUCAAUAACCAAGGUGGGCAAUAUAACCAAUGUUUAAAAAGCUUAAAAUGUUAAAAAAAAGUAUGUAUAGGUUGAGGCAUUUGGGUGGUAAGGCAAAUGUUAUAGUGAAGUAUAUCCCUUCUUUUGAACAUUGGAGGACCAAAAAUAAGGUGUAUUGCGUCUCAGCAGUCAUUUUUAUCAAAUCUUUUUCCAAAAAUCAUCUGUCUGCCAGGGCCUUAAAAGCCAUCUUGUAAAUUACGAGUAAAAUAUAACAUAUGCAAAUACAACAGAAAAAUCACUUCCACAUUGACAGUACUCCCAAACAUAUGGAUAUAGUCAUAGUGAACUAGGGGUUUUAUGAGGUUUUUAUUUGUUUGUUGUUUAGUUUUUGGUUAGUCAAUCUGCAUUUAAAUAUCAGCCAUCUUUCCUUUUUUGCUUCUUCCCUUAAAAAUUGUAUGUAUCCAGUACAUUUAACUGAUAAACGUAUAUGUUUUUUAUUAUGCUGAAUUUUCUUUUUAUUUUUUAAUUACUGUUUAUAUUUUCAAUUAUAGAAAAAUGUACAAAAUGAAGUUAUAUAGCCAGUCUGUAAGUGCUAUACCAUUUUCAAAAAUGUACAACAAUAAUUACUGCAGUUCACCUAUUUACAAACAUUUGGAAAUCUGUUCAUUUGUUAUUCUUAAAACCACCUCAAAUUUAAAGGCUACCUUAUUGUACGUUUAAAGUGUAUUAUAACAGUGUGGUAGUUAAUAAAACACUAUUUUUUUUUUCUUUUGA